ACGCUUUCAUUUCACUUUAGUCGCUGCUUGAAGACUUCUCGACGUUUUCUCAAGUAUUUAAGUUAGUCUUUCUUUCUGCAACAAUGAGAUCUUUUCUUCUUGCUGCAGUUGUUGCCCUGAUCCACAGCAGUCAUGCUGCUUUGAUGAUCAAAGGGCCAACCGAGCCGGUUCUGGAGGGAGAUAUGGUCACGCUGGAAUGCCUUAACACAGACGGUGACCUCAACAUCAGCCGCGUUCACUUUGAGUUCUUCUCUGAGUACAUGCAAGGAUGGAAUCAAGUGUGGUGGAGAAGUGUCAGGUCAUAUUGCUUCUAUGACAGAGCGGUGGAGGUCGAAGAGGACGGCGAGAAGGCAUACCUGCGCCUCUUCUACCCAACACGUUUCUCAGGAGUUCCCGUCCGCUGUGUGUCAGACGCUGGGAAUGCGACUGAGCCAGAAUACGUCUCCGAUUCGAUAACCUUCAAAGUGCACUACCUGCGAGGGCCUUCUCUGACUAUGGAGGGCUACUCAAGGUACAUGGAGGUCCCGCAGGACGUGAAGGUGCGAGUUGGAGCCGAUGUAGUGGUGAAGUGCUCCGCCAGCUCGUCAGAGGAGCCCAGCUACUUCUGGCAAAAGGAGGGCAGCGACUGGGUCCUGCCAUCACCGCUGCUGAAGGUGACGAAGGCGAGUGCGCUGGAUGAGGGAAAGUACACUUGCCUGGCCAAGAAUCCGUCGGUGGAGUCCCUAAAUGUGCAGCGGACCAUCAGCAUCACCGUUCUGCCCAAGGAUGCCCCUUGGUACAAGACUACUAAUGGCAGUCUUUGGCUGAUGACCUCAUGCGCGGCUCUGGUCCUGUUGGCGUGUGUCCUCUGCGUGAGCGUGCUCCUGUGCCGCAGAGCCAAGAAGAUCAAGACCAGCAAGGGGCCCAUUGAUGACCACUCUCAGAAGAAGCCAAUCUACCGAACAAGUGUUGAAUCCAUUCCCUCCACCUGCAUGGACAAACAACCCCUGGUGUGACUUCAUAGUCGGAGGGAAGGAUGGGAGUUUGGUGGGGAAAGAUCAGCCAGCCAGGGAAGGAGAAGGAGAGAAGAGGAGUGAGGGGAUAUUGGGAUAUUGGGAGUCUUGAGUGGAGUGUAAAAUCCAAAUCAUUAACAAGCUGGGUACAAAGAAACCGCUGAAGGGCAAAUGAUUGCUUUAGAGAUGCCGAAACAGCUUUGCAUGCGAGUAUAGACUGCAGUUGUGUAUCUGAGGCAAAAAGGUGGGCAAUUUUCUUUUCAUUUACUCUGCAGCAUGGAAAUUGGCUCGCUACAUUCUUAGCAAAGGGGAUGAUGAUUAAUCUUUGUGUACUUGUAAGACUCCUCGUGGAAUUUUGCCUUUUCAGUGACAAACGGAAUUGUUUGAGCCUUUUAUCACAAAUGGAACAUUUGAGGGACGGGUGAGGAUUUAUUUUGUUGAUUCAUUUCUUUCUCAGCGCUUCUUAAAAUCAUAACCAGCUCAAAGAGUCACCAACACUUGAGCAAGACUUUUGUAACCUUUUUCUUUUUGGUUGUUUUUGCGGCACUUAAGCACUUUGCUCUGUUAUUCUGUUCUUUGAAUUUCUUUCAAAUGACAUUCCUUUUUUUAAAAAUAUGACCCCUGCCUCUGAUGUGUUAUUGAUUUUGUUUCUUUUUGAUAUGAACAAAGAGAUUGGAGAUGUUGAAAGGUUGGCCAAGCAUUACUUAAAAAAGAUUUUAUCCUGGGUUUGCAUCUGUUUGUUUACCAACGUUCCUCUUCAGCAUAAAAGAUUAUCCAGAGGGAGUCAUUUUUAAAGGGAGCCAUCUUUGUUGCUGCACAUGCUAUAGAGUUCACACUUUGAAUAAAAAAAAACAAUAAUAAAUUCAUGUAACCUUGAAA